AUGAUUAACCAGGAUCGUCCUGCAGCAGCUGCUGCUUUCCAACAGCUUGAACAGUCCAACAUCUUCAUCAUACCUCAAGGAUUGGAUUUAUUUGCGCUUGUGGACUGUGGUGUUUCAUUUCUGGUUUUUGUAUUUUGGCGCCACUUGCUUUACGCUUUUUUUAUUGGUUUAGCAAUUGCCAGACGUCUUGCAAAGGAAGGAGCUAAUGUGGUAAUAAGCAGUCGAAAACAAGAAAAUGUAACAAGAGCUCUUGCAGAGCUGAAGUCUGAAGGACUAAACAUUUCAGGAUGCGUCUGUCAUGUAGGAAAUGAGGAACAUCAAGACUUGUUGGUCAAUAUGACUCUAGAGCAGCAUGGUGCGAUUGACAUUCUGGUGUCUAAUGCAGCAGUGAAUCCAUUUGUAGGUAAAAUAGUGGACUGCAGUAAGGAAAUGUGGCAAAAGAUAUUUGAUCUAAAUGUAACUGCAAGCUUCUUACUACCAAAGCAUGUCGUCCCGCACAUGGAGAAACAGGGAGGUGGCUCUAUAGUGCUUGUGUCUUCUACUGCUGGUUACCACCCUAUUCCAACCAUUGCUAUAUGCAAGUUUUCAGUCAGCAAGACUGCCCUUCUUGGGCUAACAAGAACUCUGGCUCUUGAACUUGGUCCUAUGAACAUUCAUGUGAACUGCAUGACCCCUGGCCUUACCAGAACUAGAUUCAGCACAAUUUUGCAGCAGAGUCCAGGGCUGAACCGAAUGUUAACUGAAAACUUGCAUAUAGCAAGAAUUGGGCUACCAGAGGAGUGCGCAGGUGCUGUGAAUUUUCUUUGCUCUUCAGAUGCUUCAGAAAAGUUCCCAAGAAUGCCAGUCAAGUGGCAUGUAACCUCAGAAUUGUUCUAGGAGUUCUCACACCUCUCAAAUCG